CUAAAUCAUUCUAUUUUGUCCCGUAUUCAACAAAUAAUGCGACGUAAUCUUCGCUAUAAUAUAAUAACAAUUAUGACUUUACUUGAAAUUGUUUAAAUAAUUCAUGUGGCUGAAGUGUAUUUUGUUGUUAGCUAUUACAAAUUCAAUCGUAUUUACAGUGCAUCAGUCAAGUCAGCUGACGUACGUAAACAAAGGGCAUGUCAAUAUUUUGUGAAGUGGUGAAACACCUUCAAAGUGAUUUGUGAUCCAAUCUGAUUAUAUUUAUUCUUAUAAAAUGGAUAUUGACGGUUCUUCAGUUGGAGAGAUUGAUCAAAAUUUAUUACUACAAUUCAGUUGUAUGAACACAACAGACAGAGAUGAACUUAUUAAUCAAAUGCAGAGACUCUUGGGUCCUAGUAUAAAUUAUAACACAGCCAGCUUCUUCUUGGAUAUGAGUAAUUGGAACUUACAAACAGCAAUAUGUUGUUAUUUAGAUUAUACAUUACCACCUAAAUUUCCAUCCAUGUCACUUAAGGCUGCACAAACUCAAGAGGCUGCUGUAGGACCUGGUGCAUGUUUUGAACAAAGUUGGAACAUUGCUAAUACUGGUGCGGAAGGGUGGCCAGGCAGCUGUAGGCUGAUUCAAGGCGGAGGUGAACCACUAGGUGCUACACCUGUCUAUGUUCCACCUUUACCUGCAGGACAUUCCACUACAGUUACAUUAAAGUUAGUAGCGCCAACUACACCAGGCAUUCACAGAGGAUAUUUCCAUUUGGUGACUGACAAAGGAGAUCAAAUAGGAGAUACAUUGUGGGUGGAAAUUACUGUGGAAUCAGAGAUUACAAUGGCACUUGUUGAACAACUGGCUGCUUUACCCGUCCCAAGUAGUAAUGGUCAGAUGCCACCUCAAGAUGAUCAGAUGUGUUGAUGAAGGGCAGUUACAAGAUGUUUUGUAAAAUUUUCAUUAACUAACAUGGAUUAUGUUAUACCUAUUUAUUAAGCAGUUAAUGGGCUGUUGCAUGUCAUUGCUUUCCUUCUUAAGAUUAUUAAGAAUUAGCCAAAGAAUAAUCACAACACUAUUCUUAUUUUUUCAGUUUUCGGAUUACUAUUGUAUAAAUGUACUUACAUUAUAUUUAUUAUAAAUAAACAUGGCUGCUGCAAUCAAUUGAAUUUAGUUAAAAUCUGAAGUUUUGGACUGGUUACAUUCUGUGUAAAUGUUUUAAAUUGAAGAAAACUUUAUGUAAGACAAAAAGUUUCCUUGAAUUUGUAUAUAAUUUGUUUACAAUAAUACACAACUUUGCUUUUUUUUCGAGAACACUUUGUUAAUUUCAGUUGCUUUCAGCAAUCCAUUGCAUGUAAAAACUUUGCUAUAAAAAUUUAAGACUCCUAAAGGAAGGAAAAUAAUGUACAAACCAUACAUUAUACACAUGAUGUUGAUUAGCUGUAAGACAACAAAUUAAGAAUUUGUUAGAUAUUGUUGAAUUUUACAAAAUGUAAUGAUUUUAUUAGGAUUAAUUAUAAUUAUUUUUAGAUUGCAUUGCCAUGAAUGUAAUUACUAUGGGGAAUUAAUUUUAUAGUAUAAAUAAGCAAGUAUAAUAUUAAAUAAUAUAACUGCUUGUUUUUUAAUGCUCGACUCAUUUUCAUACCCAUGCUAGUGACAAUAUACUUCAUUAUAAUAAUAGGCUAUUGUCAAUGAUUGAAUUUUUUUGUUACAAUAAAGUAUGAACUUUCA